AUGCUCGGUAUCCAGCCGGGCAUGGUGUCUCCACAACCUGGAGCUGGCCUGCCACCGUCACCGGCCAACAGUCCUUCACCGUACCAGCCACCGCUAUCGCCGCGACCUGCGCACGCCACCGCCCGCACGCUGUCCGAGGGAGGAAUCGACUUGCCGGACGGCCGUCACGACCAUCACGACAAGCUCGCAACACCACAGUUUUGCGCUGAUUGCCGAGAAUCGUUCGCUAGCGUGGCACCGUCAAAUACUUGCUUAUCCGAGCAAACAACCUCCGACAAGCAAACAGAAUCAAACACCAGCAAUUUCGUGAAACGUAGAAAAUCCGAGGUUCAUUGGUGUAUCUUUAUGUUGGAGACCUACCCUGGGCAUUCAGUAAUUAGUCAUCCACUAAUCACCUUGGAAGGCUUCCAGUGGGUGAAUGUUGUACGUUUUUGUAUGCCCCCUUAUUUUGGAUGCCGUAUGUUUGCCACAUUUUGUUUUAAAGAUAAGUUUGGACUUAAGUAUUUGGCGGAGAAGGUGAAGGCUUUUCGGUUGAGUUUCAAGAGGAAAGAAAGGGGCGGUGGUUCCGGAGGUAGUGUUUACGGUUGUCGAGAACACCGGGAUAGCAUAUCGGCAGUUCCCGCACGGUUCAUCCAAGCAACCAGCGUACGCAGAGAGACACUCAAUCCAAAAUGGGGUGAAAAUUUCAUGUUUGACAUCGAUGACGUGACCAGUGACAUCCUACACUUGGACAUAUGGGACCACGAUGACGAGUCUUCGGUGUUGGACGCUGUCAGCAAGUUAAACGAAGUGAGGGGCGUCAAGGGCCUGGGGAGAUUUUUCAAGCAGAUAGCUCAGAGCGCUAGAUCCGGUAGCCAGGACGAUUUCUUGGGAUGCAUAAAUAUACCAAUUCAAGACGUACCUUCCACGGGCCUAGACAAAUGGUAUCAGCUAGAAGCCCGGUCGCAGCGGUCCAACAUCCAAGGUAAUAUACGGCUGAAGCUGUGGUUGUCCACUCGAGAGGAUCACGGCCAGGCAAGUACCCAAAAUCAUUUCGACAACUGGACCGACGUGCGUCGUAACGAAAGACUGUUGACCAUAUUCGCCGAUUACGAGAUGUCACUGACAAAAUCCAGCCUGUGGAACGGUGAACUCUGUCACGAGGCGACGAGCAUACUUCAUCAGCACGCCGUGCAGAGCGGAGUCUCCGAACUUCAAUUGGCCGUGAUAAGGUGGUUGGCCUUCAGCCACAUACCGUCUAUAGACCCACAGUUUCUCUUGAAACAGUUGUCUCAAUUAGAAGCCGCAUGGGGAGAACAGACGUUAACCGUCGAAGAGGAGGACUGGCUGGCCGACUCUUUCAACGUUUUCUUAGACUAUUCCAUGCAACUAAUCCGGAAAUACCGCAAACUCUUUCCGCCGUACCAUCACAUAUCGAUGAACCGCCUGGAGUACAUUCUCAGAUGUUUGAGCCGACUGUCAUUGUCAAAAGCGUACGGUAAAUGUUGUCCCUUCAACAAGGAUAUCCGCGGGGAAAUUGGAAACGCGCUUAGACUUGGUACGAACGAGUGGUACGAAGAAAAUAGAAAAUUCAUGGCCUCCGGACAGCACGAUCCGGAAACCCGACUCAAAGGAUUCGUAAGAUUAGUCACUUCCGUGUUGAUUGAUCUACAAAAAGGCGUGGAACAUUAUAACGUUCUAUUUGAAAAUAUAAAUGGUGUGUUUUACUACGCGGCGAUCUACAAACAACACGAAAAAUUAUUGUCCAACGAUCUGAGCCAAGAAAUAGCUCCCAUUUGCAAAAAAGUAAAAGGAGCCGAUUUCGGUAUGGACACCCCGCUGUCUCCGACAAACUCCGAAACCGGGGAAUCACUGUUUGAACUGUAUCUAGCCGUUCAAGAGUUUAUCAGGUACCGUGAGCAUCUCAAUGCGUCCGAUUACCAAGGACUGUCAACGCAAUGCUAUUACCACUGGUUCGAACCAGCUUUGGAAAAGUGGCUGGACCUGGCCAAAUUGAAAAUCGUGCAACGUGCGAAAAAAGCACUAGAGUUAAGUAUGAUCUGUCAAGGCGAAAUGAUCGUAAAACACUCGACGUCCAGCAAUGACGUGGUUACAGCGCUGUGCCAUAUGAAGGAAUUCUGGAAACACCUCGCCUGGCCGGACCUGAUUCAGUCGUACAAUUUCGUACUGAAAUUACUAGACGCCAUGUGCGAAGCGGUCCUGUUUUACGCCCAACUGGUCCACCAAAGGCUAAAAGAUUCUGGCUUUUACGAUGACGUUUCGGCGUUCAAAACGUCUGAUGAAGUGUGCGCCGCGCUAAACGAUCUGGAAUACGUGUGGCGGACCGUAGCAUCGAUGCCUGAUGACCUGCACUUGGAAACCGUCGUGUCCGCGGUCGAGGCCACUGGCGAGGCCACUGCGGAUCAGUGUCGAGCCGAUGUCACCUCACUACUCGAUCCAGUGUUCAACCAGUACGGCACGUACUCGAUGCUGAUCGUCGGCCGGAUCGCUGUCAGGAUGCAAGCGCCCCUGAAGAAGUGUAUUUUCCACCUGGCGUGGUCGCCGGACACACUUCCGACAACCGACGCUAUCGUCCCGCUACAGGAAUACCUGGACAGCCAUCUGAUCUCGCUCAACACUAACCUCAUACCGAAAAACUUCCACAAGGUGUUGAACGGUGUGUGGGAAGUGACUGUCUACGAGUUGGGCCACCAGAUGGACGGUGGCAGUGGCGACACGAAGAUGUCCGGUUUCUACGAACGGCUGUACGAGGCCCUGGAACUGCUAGUGGAAUUCUUUCACGCCGAGGGAAACGGGCUUCCACCUGAAAUUUUGACCGGAAGUGUUUACAGGGCCGUGAAGCAGAGACUGAAACUGCACAAAACCGACACUGACACGUUGAUCGAACUGUACUACGAAGAUCGGUUGAUGGAACAGCAGAGGGUGAAGGAAGCAAACUAUGGUGUGCUGUCAGUGCGAGCAUACUAUCAUCACGAUUCUCUGUGCGUAGAGGUGCUGAAAGCCCGUGACGUCAUACCACUAGACCCGAAUGGUUUCAGCGACCCAUUCGUCAUCGUCGAGUUGCUACCCAAGUCCAUGUUCCCGUACAGCGCGGAACAGUACACCGACGUGAAGAAGAAAACGCUGAAUCCACUGUUUGACGAGUGUUUCGAAUUUGCCGUAUCUAUGGACCAGUGUCGUCACGAGUCCGCCAUGAUCCUGUUCACCGUCAUGGAUCACGACGUGAUAACGUCCAACGAUUUUGCCGGAGAAUCUUUUCUGUCGCUCAACUCCAUACCAGGCGUUCUCGCACCGCUGCCGCACGACAUCAACGCCAUCGACAGAGUAGACCUAAUACUCAUGCACCAACAGAACAAAGGUCAUCCGAUACUUCACACCUUGGACGCCAGGCACGAAGAUAAGGUUGCCCAAGACUUUGUGAAAAAGCAGAGGGUCCGCACUACCAACUCAUGA